CUCAGUAUCAGCCUGACUUCUGUAGUGAGCACACAGCACCGCUUGGAUUACACUCACACCAUCUAUCACAGAGGAGCACAGCUUGUCAGAAAAGGAGCGCAGAGCCGCAAACACACAAGAGCAGGAUGGGGAGCAGCAUGUCAUGUGUCCCCCAACACAACUUCAGGUUCUCCAGCAAGAGUUUCAUACGCAGGAACAGCAGUCGUCUGUUUCGCAAGAAGAAUCCCCAAGAGGGACAAGAGAAGUCCAACAGCAUCAUCAACAUCCUGUGCACUGUCACCCCCAGGAAGGAAAUGUCCUCUAAAGACCUGCAGACAAUAGAGAACAUAAAGUGGGACCCCCCGUUCCCCUACGACCCAGCCAGCGGCUGGAAGAAGAGCAGCAUCAAUGUGAAAAACUAUGGAAGGAUGAUCCACAGCUCCAAAGUUCGCUUCCGCUUCCUCCACUGCCAGGAUGUGCAUGACUGCUACCUGGACCUCUUCCAAACACACCUUCAUUUUGUCUCCAACAACACAACUGGACUCACAUAUCAGGGAACUCUUCCUCUGAAAGAGCUCACCAUCUGCAACCUGCAGCAGAACUGCAACCACAGCCAACCCCAGGAAUUUGCCUUCCAGAUCAAUGGUGUCAGCCUCAACCCCAUCAUCGUCUACUGUGCCAACCAAGAAGAAAUGGACCUGUGGUUUGGCCUGCUCAAAGAAAAUAUCGAGGCCAAUGGGGGCACUGCCAUUGCACCAGAAAACUACACCAGAGUCAAGCUAAACCAGGAUGAGACUCCUGAGGGCAGAGAGGAGCUGAGGAACUCCAUCAACAGGGAGCCCAUCUACGAGUGGGAGGGCUCUCAGCGGGACAGUCUGGGAGCCAUCACCUAUGUCACCAAAGUCCGACUGCAGCACCUUCCCUGUCAGGAGCAGAGUGACAGACUGCUGGUGAUGUACCCAUCCACCCUGAUCAUCCUAUCAGAGGAGGAUGAUGGACUCUUCUACAAGGGGAAACUUCCACUCAACAUGAUUACCGUGACCACACCCUGCCAAGACGUCAAGCCCAACACCUUCAUGAUUGAAGGGAAGCUGAUCAACCCCAUAGUGGUGUCCUGUCUGGAUAAGACUGAGUUCUGCAACUGGAUCCAGCAUUUCAAAGCUGCUGACGUGCCCGUUCUCAGCCCCCCGCCCCCUGUGUAUGACAUCAUCUACACCCCAACCAAGCGAGAGGCUCCACAGUUUGACAGGUGGAGUGAAACCAGCCACGGACUGAGCGACUCCAUGAGGCUCAGUCGGUCACAGAGUGGACGAGGGUCCUUCAAGCUUCAGCUUCCCCAACAUGAAGACAACCCUCUCUCACCAGGAUACACUGAACCCCUCUGUUACAGCUCCAGCCGUCCCUCCUCGACCGAGACCGCCCGCCUGGGCAGCAGGAGCAACAGUGUGUCAUCUCACACCAGGCCUGAACGCGACCUUCGACCUUUGUCGCUUCGCUACUCAUCCCCCCAGCGCAGCUCCUACCUCCAGCCCUCAGAGUCCUCUCAGCUCUACAGCACGCCGUACUCUGCCCUGCACCGUGCCAGCCCCCAGCGGCUGGAGAAAGCCCCCCUUGUCAAGUCGAACAGCUGGAGCACCCCCCAAUCAUCCCUGAGCUACUCCCUGAAUGUCCCCCAGCGCCAUUCAGACAUGUGCGCCCUCCGCCAGCCGCUGUCACCCCUAUACGACGAGCCCUGCACCCCCGAAAUCAACUCUCUGGAGGAGAAGCGCCUAAUGAUGCCAGUGCAGAACUGGCAUGUGCCAACGCAGCAGCACCAGCAGCCACUGCCCUCGUCCUUCCAGCUCCGCACCCCUCCCAUGGGCAGGCGCUGCAGGAGAAGCCUGGUCCUGACCAACUCACAGGGCCAGACUCUGGGCCUGGAGAUGGAGAUGGAGACCCAUCAAAGCCAAGCAGAGCAGAGAGCCGAAGCUGUUUCUAGGCUAAAGUUGCUGCAAGCACCCAUCCCAGAGCAGAGUCUCAUCCCAUCGAGCUCUGUGAUGAACACCUCCCAGAUGCCAUACGGUUACUCACCAGGUCGCCACUCAUACCUUGAACCCAGAGAACCAGAUGACCAGGAAAUGGACUAUGACAACAUUUGGGAGUACGACUGUAAUACCGGGAUGAUUCAGCCCAUGUCUGGAAUUUCGCCACACCGGACAGGAUUAGACUUUGGGGCCAGAGGCCUUGGUGCCAUGGCAACCCCGCAGAGAUGGUCAUAAAACAAAACAAUAGGCCGGCACUCGUCUGGACGUGUGCAAACAACAGAUCUCUAUCAGAGGGAUAAUAAAAAACAACUAUCAGAGCCUGUCUUGCUCCUGCAGCAUACAGUGUGCCCCACAAAUCCCAUGAAGUGAGAUGUUAGAUCUUGGACAGUCGAGCAGAGGAAUCCUCAGCAUGUGUGUGUGUGUGUGUGAGGAGGAGCGUACAAAAAACCCCCAACACACACUGCUAUGAAAAUGAUAGCAGUUAGACUACCUAUGUCUGUUUUAUAUGUAGCAUGAAAGUCAGAGUACAAAAUGUACAUAGUUUAGUAGUAGAAAAUGUUAUUUUUGUAAUGUGUUCUAUUAUUGCACUGUCGAGUGUUUCAAAUACAGUGCAGGUACGUACAGUUUAGUAAUUAUUUUUAAUAUUUAAAGUAUUUUCUAACAUGCCGUCCAGUUUACCCGAUGUUAAAUGUUUUUAUCGUUCCUAAUUAAAGCUGCAAAAGGCAUUCCACCAAGGCUCACUAGAGUAGAGCAUGUACAUUUGUUUCUUGUAAAUUUUGUAAAUUCAUUAUUUUAUUAUGCUAAAAACUAUUAUGGCAAAUAGAUGUGGCUUGAACAGAUUCCCUGAAAUGUGCUAACACUACUGCAGCUACUGUAAAAUACUGAUAUUUGUGUGGCUUCAUCUUUUCAUUUUUGUUU